CCUGUACAAAGAUGGCCGCCGCCGGUGACGUAUUUCCUGCCCUGAGCGCAAUGCGUCACUUCCGCUGUGUGAGAAGAUGGCGGCUCCCGCUGGCCGCGUGGGUCAGGCUGGGUUCCUGGGGUUCACUCCCGGGGCGCGAGGCGGGAGGAAGCCCGAGACCGCGAGGAAGCGGGUCAACCGCAACAAGAAGAAGAACUGGAACCGGCACAGCGACAUCCGGGAUGUGGAGGAAUUCCUGGACGAUGUCCGCCUGCAGGAGAGAACGGCGGGGUGAGACUCCCACCACACCAGCCAGCCACCGCCCCCCCCCCCUCAGCCAGCAUCCACCAUCCCCCCCCGCAACACAGCCACCAGCACCCUCAGCCAGCCACCCACCAUCCCCCCUCAGCCAGCCACCACCAUCCCCCUCAGCCAGCCACCACCAUCCCCCCACACAGCCACCAGCACCCUCAGCAACCACCACCAGCCACCUCAGCCAGCCACCACCACCACCCCCUCAGCCAGCCACCCACCAUCCCCCACACAGCCACCCAGCACCCCAGCCAGCCACCCACCAUCCCCCUCAGCCAGCCACCACCAUCCCCCCACAGCCACCAGCACCUCAGCCAACCACAGCCAGCCACCUCAGCCACACCACCACCCCUCAGCCACCCACCAUCCCCCCACACAGCACCAGUACCCUCAGCCAGCUGGCCUCCCCCCCAGGCACCCUCAGCCAGCCACCACCCCCCUCUCCCCCUCAGCCAUCCGCCGCCACUAACCCGGGGCACGGCCACCUACCUACCAAACACAUGGUAAAAUGUAUAUUCUGCUCGGAGCCUUUCCAGGGGCAGUGCACAUACACUGGGAGCUAAACAUGUGCCAGCAGUGGAUAUUAUGAUGCCCAUAGUUUGUGCAGAGAGUGGGUCUGAUAGACUUGGCAUAUAUGAGGGGGUGAAAUCAUGGCACCAUGGACUGUAAUGCAGGGAAUUGGAUAAGGGUAAUGACAAGAAUUAUUUGGUGUUAAAUUGAAAUCUGGAAACUUGGCGCACACAACGUUUCUAUUGUACCGGGUAACAUUGGUUUAUUUAACCCUUCUUGGUAUAUUUUCCAAAUUCGUCCUUAGCUAGACAUGAUCUCUCUACUCCAGAGUUACGUACUGUGAACAUGGUUAAAUUAUCUUUUCUUUCAUUCCAGGGGGAUGCUUUCAGAGAAGGCAGAUGACCAUUUAUUCUUUGUAGACACUGGUGACAAGAAGAAAGGUAUGGUUAAUGCUAACUCAUCCUUCAUUUCAGUUUGGUCCACUCAGUAUAUUUUGUUAUAACUGAAUGUUGCAUCUGUGGGCUUGAUACUAAAGCUCAUAAUUUAAAUUUCCUUUUUCUUUUCGCAUAUUGCAUUUUGUUACAUCUCAUGCUCUUUCCCGUUUUUUUUUUUUCUUUUUCUCAUUUUUGUUUGAAUGAACGCUAGACGAAUGUCUUCCUGACACUAUAGUGCUGAAAUGCAGCAUUGUGUCCCUGGUCCCCCUCUCUUUGGAUAUUAAAGGUGAUUUUUACUCCCCUUUUCUCCUAUGCUGUGCCACACUCUAUUAAAGCAAUGGAGUCACUUUCAGCCUUGUCCUUUUAACUCUAUCUGGGUAGUAAAGCAGGAUUAAUACCCCUCUGGAAGAUCUCCCUUGUGAUCGCAGCCUAUCUUAUUUAGUGCCUGUAGCAGGACUCUGUGCUUUUUGUUAGGCUAUGUGGGAGUAAAGACUGUUCUGAUAGGAAACUGAACUGCUGCUUGUUUUACACUGUGUGCAUCUGUGCCUAAAAUGUAUUAAUCUAUAUUCAAUGUAUCUACCAGCUGUAGCUGCAAAGAAAAAGGUUAAACCUCUCAGAAUAGACCUGAUCCUUCAGCCAGACUCCAAAGUUCCUGCACCCAAAGAGUAAGUAUUUAACCCUUUUUUCCCCACCUUGACUGCUUUUAGUCAUUCCAAGUUUCGGAAUGCCAAUUCGCUCCUCGUUUCCUUUCAUUCAGCGCUUUAUAUCUACAGCAGUCAUGAGUUACUUUCUCUAUAAGGAAAUGGAAGCUGUGAAUGGGAUUUUACAUGUCCCACUAACCCCUGGUUUUCUGGGGUUUGUGCAACAGGCAAAGUUCUCCUAUUGAGAAAAAUGGAAAUAUCAGAAUGAGUUUAAUUUUAGAUCACUUCCUGUAGAGUUUAGAUUGGCAGAGCCUUAUAGGAUUUCUAGUUUACAAACAUGUCGUCAUGUUGGCUAUUCCCAGUGGGAUUCAAAGUGUAAAAACUGGUUUUAAGGCUCUUAUUAAAAUAUAUUUCUAGAAUGUUGGUGUUAAUUUUGGUUACCAAAUCUGUGUGUGGUGUAUAAUGUUCUUAAACAUGUCAGAAAUCCUUAUCAGAUCCAUCUACAGUGAAGUCAUCAAGAUUUAAUUUCAGACAAAAGUAGCCGAACUGGAAGCAUAGCUGACUUGGAGAAUUUCUCCACUUGGCCCUUAAAUUUAAGGUUCUUGACAUUUCUCACUUCAGUAAAUAAUCUCACUCCUCAGAGAAUCACUGCGAUCUGCCCAGCCAGUGUCCAGCAUAUUCUGCAUGCUGGCAUAAAAUAUUCCGUUAUUUACGCUUGGCAAUGGUGUCUGUGCAGGUAACAAACUGCUUAUAUUUGUGUACAGUAGGGGGCAGUAUUGGACAAGUUUUAUUGUCCUUCAUCGGAGUGUUUUACACGUUCUCUCUUGCCUCAUUAUUUUGAUUGCUUUUAAAAAAACGUGUUUAGUUUUUUGUUUAUAUUAAAACUGCUUUGCUCUUUUUUUUUUUUUGUGCGCACUGUCAAUUUAAAGCAUAUUUACCAAUUACAUGAAAAUGAUUAGCCACUGUAAGUAUAGCCGUGGUGGCGGAGAUUGCAGGGACUUGCGGUUUACACAGUAUGAGGACAUGUGGCAUGUGAAGCCCUUUGCUGCCUGCUUUUCUGAUCCUUGUAUCUUGUCCUGUUUCCUUACUGCAGCAUCUCCUCACAUCAGGUUCCCAAUGGGCGCAAGUUAAAGAGGAAGCUGGAACGAGAGGAGAAGUUGGCAGCACAAGGUGUUUUGCCCAGAUCAGAGAGGCUCCUCCAGGCACAGCUGAGGAAUAAGAGGCCCCGCUGCAAACCAGAGGCCAAUAACAAUCCUGGCAGAGGCUUUUAUGAUCUCUGGGAAGACGGUAAGCUAUCUACUUGUCCUUGGUAGACAGUGGGUUGUUGAGUGGUGGUUGCAGUCUGGUGGGAACCCAGUGUAGGCACCAGGGUUGUUCUAAAUCUGUUACCUGGCUGGCGUCAGGCUCAAAAUCUUGUCUGAAACAAAAAUUUAGGUUCUAAUUAAAGUGACAUGUCAAAGUUUCACACAGUCUGUACCAGAGCAGUUAACAUCUCAGUCCUAUGUCCUCUUUUCCCAGACUCAUUAGAACCUUCCCCUGGAGAACCAGAGAGCUGGCACAGUCAGCAGACCAAGAAAGGCCAAGUGAAGGUCAGUCUGGGCUGAGGAAAAUGGGCCAGAACUGGGUUUACGAGGGAAAGCAAUCAAUGGGCAAAAUAAGUCUGCUUACACAAAGUGAAUGUUUGUGGGAUCCAAAAGUCGUGAGUUCACUUUAUUUGUAGAAUUCAAGGACACAUUUUGUAUUUAAGCGUGGCGAUUGGCCUAUAUUUUUGGCCCUGUGACGAGGUUAAUGUGUUACAUGGUUGUAUAGAAUUUUUACCAAUGUUGAAUGCAUGUGAACGUUUUUCUCACUUUGCUCCUUGCUCUCUACCAGCGUCCCAGCAGACUGAAUGUCAAACCUUCACAGCUGCCAGCCAUCGAGGUCCUGAAUCCUGGCGCCUCCUACAACCCAACGUUUGAGUCACAUCAGGUAAACAUUCUGUAGAAAGUGUUUCUGUAGCAUUGCUCGCUAUGGGCAGCCAGUGACUGGCUGAAUGUGUCCGCAGCUGAUGCACAUUUGCGAGCAUGGUAGUGGAAGCUGACCUCUGCCUCUAUAACGCCAUUUUAGUGUAAAACUGUUGAAACCAACUGUGUAGCACUAAAAGGUAAUCGGGCGUCUGUGGACUCCAGGCAUCAUAACUGCUUCAUUGACUUGAACUGCUUUCAGUGCCCUUAGUGAUCCUUUAAGAUUAAUGCCUGUGCCUUGAAUUAUAUGGGUGUAUUGCCUUUUAGCUGCUGUUGGUAUUAUCUAACUUUCGCAGGAUGGAAUCGCGCUGUCAGAUAUUCAUAGGGCUAACAUUCUGCAGUGAUGGACAAACAGGGAAAUAAUUUUGUCUGUCUCAACCAGUUUUGCUUAGUACAUAACCCUGUAAUUCUAAAAUAAUAAUUUACAAUUCACCAUGUGACUUUCGUGGACAAUAAAUUUGUUUCGUACCAGAAACUAAGAAUAUUCGGACCCUUCUAGCCUCUCCAUUUUUAUUCUGGUUUGCCUGCACUAGGAUCGUGGAUGGUUAAUAUCCUUGUGGCGAGCGUGCCGUCGUGCUGUGUAAGUGUUUGUAUAUAUGACAGGUGCAGUAGGACGACGCUGGUUAUCUUAAAGUAUGGGAAUACUUUUAUUGUGAGUGGAAAACAUUGUCCGUUGGUCCUUCGGUUUUAUCAUGAUAUGAAUUUUUUUUGUUUACCCGCCCCUUCCAGUCUCUGCUCCUCCAGGCUCAUGAGAAUGAAGUGAAGAGGUUGAGACAAGAGGAAAAGCUGGAGCGACAGGUGAAACUCCCCACAGCGGCUGAAGUUGCUACACAGGUCAGUGUGUUUGGAUAGAAGCUCUGUGUGUCACUGCUGCUCACCACCAUUGUCUACUGUGGGCAGCUCUGCAUGGUCCUUGUUCCAGCGAGCAGUGACAUAUUACACAGUCAAACAACUGUGCUAAUGACAGUUUCCGGCAGCCACAAUAAUGACAGUUUCCGGCAGCCACAAUAACUUUCUGCACAUAUUGUACCCAACCUCCUGAACUGACGCUUCGCCUCCCUGACUCGUUUACCUGGCUGUAAGAAGUAAUGGCUCCUGGCAGCCCACCUCCCUGUCUUAUGUGGGUCCCACUGCAGUUUACAGAAUGAGAUGUUUGUGAAACUCUUCUAGUACAGACAGAUACUCUGGCUGCUCCAGAGCUGUGCGUUUAAUCGUAACUCUAGCAAAAACCCAAAUACUUGGGCACCUUUAAAAAGCUCAUUAUCUGUGCCUUGCAUCUGGAUGAACUUAUCUUUUUAUAUGUAGGUUUAUUCAAUAAAUGUCAAGAAUGUAAAGUACUAUUUUUAUUUUUUAUAACCUUUUAUCAAGAUAGCAGAACUGAAGAUCUAGUGAACUUGACAUUCCUUUUAAAUUCCCAACAAUUCAGAGUAACACUGGGAGUAUUUGCUGCACAUUCAAUCCCAGAAUGCAUUGUCUAGCUGCUAUCUGCAGAGUGAAGACGGUGGCAAGGAAUAAGAUUUGACUUGCUGGCUCAGUGUUUAGUUGGAAACUUAUUUGCGUUAAUCAUUUAAGAUCUAAUUCUGGAUCCAGUUUUUCCAUAUAAAAUGGCUUAAUCAUUCAAUCUGUCUCGAUUACUGUGUGCAGGAGAGCCAGUUUCAGGAACUGUGUGAGGGACUCGUGGAGUCGGACGAUGACGCCACGCUUGAAGAUGGUGAGGGUGAAGAGCUGGGAACUACCCCAAUGGCACAAAGGGAGAAGAAGACAGAGCGACAGAGGAAGAAGGAGAAAGAGGCCAGGAUUUUGGUAAGAUCUUUGUAUAGUUUCCCAUUCCAGGUCAGACAUGAUCAGUUGUGGCAUCAAAGUGUGCUGUGUCUGCCUAACCGCCCAAUGAAGAGACCCAUCCUUGCGCUGUGAGAAUUUACAGCAAUACAUGCUGGGAAUGUGAUGUUAACACUGGGUGUCCUGGGGUUUUGGUGAGUUUCCCAAUCCCUGGGUUCUGAGGGCGCUGACAGAAUAUCAUUCUGAAUCGUGUGCUGGAAUUUCUAUUGCAGUGUCCAGUGCUUGAUCCUUAAAGGGACCGUAACACAUGCUGCUUCCUGAACACAUCUCAAGCAGCUUAACACAAGCAGGCAGACCUCCAGGCCAUGUCUUAUUUUGUAACUGUUUAUUUGCCUAAUCGCUAAAUGAGACUCAUACAGAACGUUUUGAAAAUAUGAAACCUGGUCUCCUGACUUAGUAAAUCGAGCCUGAAUUUAUAUUCCAGUUAUGUAGCGUUAAACAGAUACAAGUCCUUUAAGCUCCACCGUGAUUGCAGGGGUUAUGAUGCAUGCUAUCAUUACGGUUUGGCAGUAAUGGUGAACUCUCCAGCACCUUACGACCAAUUUGGUACCCUUUUGGUGAUACGCAAAAGGGCUGCAGCAAACGGCAGUUUAGCUGUACAGAGAGGGCUGUGGUGCAGAGCUGGCUCUGCAUGUUCGUACGUUGAGGGUAUGCCUUUUGAACUUGGGAAAGAUGGCAUGAGCAUUGGGUGCCAGGGAAUCCCACCAUUUUCAUAAGAUAUUUUCUGUGAUUAUUUUUUUUAUUUAACGGUUUGAAUAGGAGACUUGUGGUGAGGGCCACUAGUGUAAACCUGCCACCCUGCCCAGGUUAAGCAGUAGUGCCCUUGAAUCAGAGCUCUGACGUCCAUUCUGGAUAAUUCUGUGCCAGCUGGGCACCGUGCCAACUCCAGCUUAUGAGUCACGUGACUUUUCUAUCUGCUCUCAAAGUGUUCCCCUGUUUAGUCUUUGAUCUCUUCCCAGCAGUGAGCAUUGCAGAGUGUGAAAUGAAAUUUAUUGCCAUUUUCAUUUUUAACCUACAGCUGUCUUGUUUGAAUUUGGUCGCUUUGGUUUGUGCAGUUUUGGUCAGUUGACACAAGAUUUCUUGUUUUCCUUGCCAGAAAGUCAAGAUGGAGGCAGAGAAAUCCCUGAAGAAACAUGGUCAGGAAUUAUUCCAGCUGCGCUCAAUCCGUGCCGAGAUAUCGCAGCAGCAGGCUGAGUCUGUGCGCCGCAAGGAAAAAAGGGAGGAGGAACGGAAGGCGGAUGCCUUUAAGCCAAAGCGACUGGGCCGUCUGAAGUAAGUGCGCGUCCAGGGGCUGUCGCUCACUUUUUCUUUUCAUGGUUAGCUGGUCAGGACAUUAUGUACCCAUCCUUGUGCUGUGAGAACUUGCAGCAGUGCAUGCUGGGAAUGUGAGCUCAACCCUGGGUGUCCUUAGGCUGUGGGGUGCUACCUGAUCCCCAGGUUCUGAGUGCGGGGCAUAGAAAUGAUUAAUGUUAUCCGUUUACUAUAGUAUUUUUAUUUUAAAGGAAAUUAACAAGAAAUGGACUAACUUGAUAGGUAUGGAUAAAUCCUACAUUCUGAAACAGAUUUCGUGUAAAGAUUACGGUUUAUGAAUAUUGGUAAAGCUCAGCUCAUGGGGCUUUUCCUUCAGAGUUACAGAAAUAUUAAGGGGUUUUAGGAAUGCUUUCAAAACGUGCUCCAGAAUGUAACAAAUGGUUACAUAUUGGUAUAGCGAUAUAAUCAUUUAACAGGAUCGACUGUAGUCUACACCAUAAUCUGCUUUAUUUUUCUUUGUUUUGAUUGUUCGUCUCUCAAAUCCCAGGUAUCAGGAGGGUGAUGUAGCUGUGCUCCUGAGUGAUGAACUGCCUGGGACACUGCGCAAUUUGAAGGUAAACUUCGUGCCAUGCUGUGCUACACUCUGGGUCUGUCUGCAUGAAAUGUAUUUGAAUAAUUUGCGUGUUAAUAGUUUCUUUCCUUGUUGAUCAAGCUGUUUGUAAUAAAGAUCUAUUUUUUUUUUUUUUUUUUUCCUCUGAAGCCGGAAGGUAGCAUUGCAAAAGACCGGUUCAAGAGUUUUCAGAAGAGAAAUCUUAUUGAGCCUCGGGAGAGAGCAAAGUAAGUGCUUCACAAAUUUUACCUGGGUGCGAGCAAGCUAGAGCCCCCGUUAUGUGAUGGCUGAUUCUUAGUGCCGGAUGAUGACAUUCGUAGGAGGUUAAUAUAUACUAUAUCGCUAUGGUAUAUGUUGGUGUUAUAAUUGCCAGUAAUACUAAGGUACAGGCCCUAUAUUUAGAAUAACAGGAAUAAUGUAAACCUUUUACUGUGUAAUGUGGAAUACAUGCAAUGCUUUCUACAGACAAGUUUCAAUUAUUCCAUAUCUUUUAUACAGAUUCAAGAGAAAGCUGAAGGUGAAAUACGUGGAGAAACGAGCUUUUCGCGAAGUCGUGUAAGUUGUGUGUGGGUGUAUGAUUGUGCGGGAUUCUGGAUGUACCGCAGGAAAUUAACGUGUUUUUGCUAGUGGUAUGACGUAGCUACUUGUCCGAUGCUGUCUUGUAUGACCGUGUUCUUCUUAUACACAGGUUAUAAUCCUUCUCAGGAUUGCCGCUGUCCCUUCUGCCAGUCUGUGGCCCCUACCUUGGGGCUGUUGUAGCUGAUUAUCAAGAUCUAAAAUGCGCCGGGGCUGAUAAUGGUGAACAAUGUGUGUAAAGAAAGACCAGCGUUGGAUUUUCUCACCAGCCUGGUGCAUCCUCUAUCGACAUGUUGGAGACUGAAUAUUCAUGUGAUUUUCCACAAUACAAAUAUGCUGUUUUCAGGCAUGAAAUGUACUGACUGCUUUAUAAAAGCUGUUGUGGAUCUUUUCUGUGAUUAUUUAACUGAUAAAGAUGUCACUGAUUUUCUUACGGACUGUUAACCCUUCCUGUGCCUCGCCCUCAAAGCUGGGAGUGAGGGGUUUUUAUUUCGGGGGUAAAAGGUUCUCUCACAUUUUCAUUGAGCUUACUCUGUUUGGAGAUGUAAUGCUGGCAGCCAAGCAAGCCUCUGGCCAUUAAACCACAUUAUUCAUUCUGUGUUCCAUUGUGUCAAUUGUAAUGUCAUACUCUGCACUCUUACAUAAUUUUAAGGCUGCAAGUCUAGUUUAUCCUGACCCAGUGCAGGGUCAUUCUCCUGGUAUCCUGCCAGGUAUUGAGGAAUACUGUUAUUAUAACGUUCCUAGCCAGGCAUUAUUUUACUGGCCACGGCCAGCCUGGAAUGACCACAUGCACUCUACUUUCUACGGUGAAAUCACUGGUGGGAUUGAAGACCUGAUAUAAAUAUUUGCUUGUAGUCUGUUUUGUGUAACUUGAUGUAUUAUUGUUUUAUAUUUGCUAGUUUAUCAAAGUAAUGAUUCAGCCGUUUUUAAAGGUAAGCUGCUAGCACUAUAACACAACACUCUGCAAGAGUUUCACUGCACAGAACCCUCCUGUUCCUUUCCUGUUGGUUAUAAAUGGCUUUUUGGCUUCUUUAUAAUUAAACCAGCAAAUGACUAACAUCCCCUCACAGCUUGCUGCCAUUCUGUCUGUUAUCUCUUCAUUCUAUACAGGGCCCGCUGCUUCCUUCAAUACAGAGUUCUACCUGUGGGUGUGCCUUUUAUGGUUCAACAGGCCUGAUUCCCCUACAGCCAGUCAGGUCCUUUGCAGAGAGUCUGUUUGAGGGAAUAAUAGGCCUGAUUCCCCUACAGAUGCUCAUGUACUUUGCUGAGAUGCUGUGUAAUGGAUUGGAGCGAGGCAGCUGAUUAGAUAUAAUUUAUUCUAUACUGAUCCUGUACAUUUCUAACCUUCCUGCCAUUUGAGUUGUGACAGAAUAAUUCAGCUCUGAUCUUGGGACUUUGUAGACUGCAGUUGCAUAAAGGCUCUGGGCUAUUGGAGGGACUUAUAGCAAGCUUCAUUGGUUGAUUGGCUGCUGAUGCGAGAUUUUCUGGCGCUCUGCCAUGUAUUAUUCAUAGAUUUAAUGCGUUUUCCUUGUCUCUGUCUCUUAGGCCUUCAGCGUGUCCUUGGCGGUUGCUUUUGGAUUAAAAAUAGAAAUGGUGAAUUUGUACAUUUGUGUGUCUAUACUUUAUUCAUUCUAAGUUUAGCUGGCAGGCACACUCGCAGCAGAACGAGCCAUGGGAUGAACACAAGCACGCCAUCUCUGUCUGGAACUAUUAUAACCACCUUGUUUUACCCUGGAUGGAUUUAGGAAUUGGCACUUUAUGGCUGAACUUGUGAUCAGUUUAUUGUAAUGUAGAACUUUAACUCUGUGCUGCAUAUACAUGACCUAAUAUUUGGUAUGGCUAACAGCAGUUAAUGAAAUGUGUCAGCAGGGAGCACCACUUUUUCCUGCCUCGCGUCAGUCAAACUCCAACACAGCUUGCGAUUAUCACAGACCGCAUUACAUGGAAACCAGUGGGUGGGAGAGGUGUUAGCUGCAGUGGCUGUGUGAGUCUGUCCCUCCCAUGGCAGGGUGACACAGACAGCAGGAAGCUAUGGCACAUGGAGUCCCUCCCACUGCAGGGUGGCACAGACGGAAUGAGCUAAGGGACACUGUCCGUUUCUCCCACUGCAGGGUUACACAGACAGGAGCUAAAGGGACAAACUGUUUUCCUGGCACUGCAGGCCCCCUCUCCCCCCCCAUCCCAAGUUGCUGAAGGGGGGGAAAAAAAAACCUUCAGUGACUUACCUGUAUCCAGCGCCGAUGUGCCUUGGUGCUGGGCCAGGCUCCACCUAUGCUUCUCCCCUGCCGCGCACGCGCAUUAGACCUCCACAUAGGAAAGCAUUGAAUAAUGCUUUCCUAUGUGAAUUUUGGCGAUGCUGGAGGUCCUCACAUCGCGUAAGGACGUCCAGCGUCGUUAUAACACACUUUUCGUGUUCUAUGAAUACGGAAGUGACUGUCUAGUAGCCACUAGAGGAGGACUUAACCCUGCAAGGUAAAUAUUGCAUUUUAUGAAAACUGCAAUAUUUACAGUUGCAGAGUUAAGGAUAGUGGGAGUUGGCCCCCAGACAACGCCAAUGGGCAGAAGUGGUCUGGGUGCCUGGAGUGUCCCUUAAGGGACACAGUCUGUCCCUCCCACUGCAGGGUGACCCAGACAGAUGGAGCUUUAGGAUAGUCAUUCCCUCCCAUUGCAGGGUGACUAGUGAUCCACUGUGAGAUCUUUAAGUCUCUGUAUACAAACAAUUUCUCCAUAGAUUUGAUUUAGUUGAAGCUCGUUUUGAAUAACACACACAGUGCACUUUUUCUCUUUUCACUUUUAAUUAACCAUUUUAGCACCAGACAAUAGUGCAGCCAGUCUUAACGUGCUGACAGUACAAUAAUUUGUUUUAGCGACAUGUCCGUAUUCUGUUCUCAGCAUUUGUGUCGUGGUUUAAGCUGAUCUUAAUGAGCGUUGGAAGGGUUGCUGAGGCAGGUUGGAGCACCGUUGAACUGUACAGAGUGCAGAAAAUCUGUUAUAAUGUCCUGAGGUUUGAGAUUUUCAAGUUGAAAAAUAGUUGGGAGAGCAGCCCGAUCUCCACCCCCCCUCCCCCCUACUUCGGGUGCAUAAACAGGUAACAGAUUAUCAGAGAUCAUCAUUACAUCAGAUCAAGCAGCAUGCUUACAAGUGGUGAUUCCUUUUAGUGGAAACCAUAAAUGGUGCACAAACCAGGGCUUGUUAAACAUUUUCACCCUGUUGCCAGCAAGCUGUACAGUUAUGUAAUCUCUGGCUUCUCUACAUGGAAUCAUUACCUUUUUGUAAUAAAGUGUCAUCUGUCAAUAUUGGUUUCCUUUAAAUUGAGGAUAAAGAAAGCAGAAAAUGCCUGCGCUGGGUAGCAGGCAAUAAAAAAAGACAAAAUUUCACUCAUUGUCUAUUGUUUUUGUCAAUAUUGACGUGUUCCUGUGAGAUCCACACCAGCUGCUCAGUGAAUGUCUAGUGAGCCGUGUUAAUUUCUCCUAUUCCUAUCGGAUGUUGUUUCUAGGUAUUUUAAUCGUGGAUGGUGAUGGGUUUACAGAGAAAAUAUUUUUGGAGGCAUGAACCCUGUAACUUGGUAUGUUCCAUCAUUAAGAGCUACACGGUGAGUAUACUUUUAUCAUCAGAUUUCUGUGUAAGGAGAGGGAGGGCGACUUUCAAUAAAACAGAAAAAGGACACUCGUUCGGGAUAUUCUUAUUGAGUUCAGACCCAGUUCUAGCAGAUUCGGUGUCAUCAAUAUAAAUGGCAGGAGCAAACCCAGCAGUGUUAGGUUUGUAAUUUAAUGGAGCACAGCACUCUCCAUAGACAACCUGAACCCUCAUUCCCCCUGUGCACUGAACCCUGCAGCUAUCCCUAAGCAGAACCCUGUAACCCCUCAUAGACUAAACCCUGUAGACUUUCACAGACUGAACUCUAUAGAUCUUUAUAGACUGCGCAUUGAAUCCUUUAGAUUGUGCGCUGCAUACUAUAGUUCUUCAUAGACGGAACACUGAACCCUUUAGAAUUUGAAUCCUGCAACUCUACACAGACUGAGGCCUGAACUCUGCAGCCCUCCACAGACUGAACGUUGAACCCUGCAGCAAUCCCUAAACUGAACCAUGAACCGUUCAGCUCCUUAUAGACUUAAUGCUGAACACUUCAGCUCUCCAUAGUCUGGAAUCAGAAUCCUGAUCUUACCAUACUAAAUACAGAACCUUUCAGCUCAUCUGUAAACUGAACCCUGCAACUCUUCCUAGACCCCAGUCCUUCAGCUCCCUGUAGACUGAAUGCUAAAUCCAACAGCUGUCCCAUAACUUAACAUUAAACCAAGAAAAUAUGUAAACUAUGUACUUUACAGACUGGCAUUAAGCUGACUAUUGUCUUAAUAUUAUACUUCUGGUGUCCCUUUAAUAUUUUACCGAUAGUGUCCCUUUAAUAUUUUACCGAUAGUGUCCCUUUAACCCCUUAAGGACCAAACUUAUGGAAUAAAAGGGAAUCAUGACAUGUCACACAUGUCAUGCGUCCUUAAGGGGUUAAUAUUCCACUGUUCUAUAUAUGUCCUGAUAAGCCUAUACCUGAUAAUGCUUGCUCUGGUGAAGGCUGUACCAUCUGAGUUCCUGGUAGAGCCAUUGCUAAUGGGUAAUUUGUGUUGAAUUAAGCGUGCAGGAUAUUGGAGGCCAGAAUAGAAAUCAAAGCACAGAACAUGACUGUCUAUUUUUCAUGUAGUUUGUCUUCAGUGGGAUUUAAAGUACCAGCGCUGUUUUAUCUGCGUUUACCUUACUACAUAUUGACUCGGCUGAGCCAGGGAUCACAUGUGUAACCCUUUAGGGUUUGGUCUGGGAUUUAAAACGGUGUUUAAACAAUCACAACAUGCUUUGCACAUGCAGGAAAAUCAAUAACAACAUCAAGUUACGAUACAUUCAAAUGGACAACGACAUUCUCCCGGAUUGAUUAACUUGAAACGUCAAAUAAUAGCAUUUACCCCCAUUAUCCGUUCCCCUAAAAAUGCUUUGGGCUGUGGGGGGAGGAAUGGAAAUAUGGUACAGAGUGAAUUACUGGAAAUAGAUUUUAUAAUUAACCUUUAAGACACAUUAACACCUUGAGUGUCAGCAGGGUGGUCUGCUCUUUGUGUCUGUAAAUAUGAUAAAAGGAGUUAUGACUGUCAUUUCAUUUGUAUCUCAUCCGCUGCUUCCCAAAGUGUUAACGCUUCGUUACAUUGAUGGCUCAGACCUAUUGCCUUGUUUCUCUGUCAGCUGCUAUAAUGAGGGAUGGAAAUAAAUACAGAUUUUUUUUUUUCCGAGGUCAUGUGUGGUUUGUGGACAGAUGUAGGGCUAGGCAGGGAUUCUCAAAUGUGUUUAGUAAUUAGGGAGGAGAAAUAACAGUCGCAGGAGAUUUUAAACACCUCCCAUUAUUAGCCAUUAAUUCAGUAUUAAUCAAUGUCACUGCCUUGGCGUAUGGCUUCUCCUGUGUCAGUGCAAAUUACUGGACGUGCCAGGGAUUUCCGAGAAGUCCCUUAUGAGUUUGUUCAUCAUUGACAUCAUUUGUGAUCUUGGAGAUGGAGGUAAAUAUGUCCUCUUUUAAACAGACAAGUUGCAAUGUACAAUGGUACUCAACAUCUCUUUACAAGGUUUGCAUUUCAUUUAUAUAAACUAAUCACACAAUGUUUGUCAUGCUCGUGCUUUCAUUGUCCACCGUUUGACCGCCAUAUAGGUAGGGAUAUUGCGAUCCGCAGUGUACGGCACACCAAUGACCUUAAUUAUCCACCGACUUCCAAUAAAGUUUUUCAUGUUCUCCAUGGCUGCUUGGAAGACUGUAGCCGUACUGGCACCGUCAGUGCAGUGUUUUCUAUCCUUUACCGAUGAUAUCGGGUACAAGGAAAAGUUCCUGCCACCAUAGUAACUCGACAUCCUCAAAAGAUGUCAAACGUAAGCAGACUCGCUGGAUUGUGUCCUACCUAAUGUUGGCACUUGGGCCAAUGUUGAUGGCUCCUUUUUGCGCACUUCACAGACUGACUUCCUGCGUGCCUGCACCCCUCUCAUAGCAGUUUUAAUUUUCCUCCAUCCAAGGUGGUUUAGCUCAGCUAAAUUUAAGAGGACACAGAUGCCGCUCACAGCGAACAUGAAAACCAGGAAGACUGUUUUCUCUGUGGGCCUGGAAACGUAGCACUCUACUUCCUUAACGCAGGGGUAACGGUCACACUCAAAGAUUGGCGGCACGCUAAACCCGUAGAGAAAAUAUUGUCCUGCAAGGAAACCAAUUUCCAAAGCAUUUCGAAAAAAGACCUGGAUAAUGUAGAAACGAGAGAUGCCCUCCUGACGUUUCACCUUGGCACUCUUGAUUGCUUUUUUGGGUGUGCUUGGGAUCUCUUUGACCUCCAGGCAGUCCGGCUCAUCUUUAGACGAGAUAUCAGGAUUCUGCAUCAAAAUCCCAUUGAUGUUCUUCAUGCGCCGGGUUUCACGGGGAAGCUCUUUCUCUAAUAGAGGGUAGAUAAAUGAAUAUCGCCGGUCUCUCUGCUUGGCUGACUGGUGAACAGAGUAAGUGAUGAAGCAGAGACUGGGUGUACACACCAAAAUAAUUUGAAAGACCCAGUAGCGAAUGUGGGAGAUAGGAAACGCUCUGUCGUAGCAUGCUUGGUUACAUCCUGGCUGGAGUGUGUUACACAUAAACAUGGUUUGUUCGUCUUCGUAGACUGUUUCACCAACGAUGGCCACAAUCAGGAUCCGGAAUAUAACUACGACAGUCAGCAGGAUCCUGC